AUGUACAUGGCAGUCGCCGGAUAUGCUUGGCUGAUUCGCAUGCAGGAGCAGACGGAAGUGUCCAUGUCAUCCGUCAGCGUCGCAGUCAUCAUUUGGCGAUCUAUCUGUCGUACAAGACUUGUCAGCGCCCAUGACAUGAACAGCGCCAUACAGGAGGACGGCGAAGACCUCCAAACAGACGAGCUGUAG